GAGCCCAUGGCCAAAUCAUCGCGCCACGCCUUAGUUUGGCUCCUUCUCGUUACACUCACUCUACUGUCCUCAGCCUCUAGAGUCGCCACUGGACAAGAUGAGGAAAUUGCGGAUGUUUCACGAACACCGGGUGAUGGCGAAGUUUGGCGAAGCAGCGGCGACACGAAGCAUCGUCGCGCGUACCCAAUAAUACAGCCGGACACGAAGCACACGAAGUUGAAAGUGUCUCAGGAGGGUCUCAACGUGAUCCGAAGCAUCAAGAACCCCAUCGCCAUCGUUGCGGUAAUUGGACCGUACCGCUCAGGGAAGUCGUUUCUGCUGAACCAACUACUCACACUCACUUGCGAUGAAGGGUUUGGAGUGGGCCAUGCACGAGACACCCAGACAAAGGGCAUAUGGGUGUGGGGCGACCCCAUGGAGAUGGAAGUGAAUGGCCAGACCACCUCUGUUCUCUUCCUUGACACCGAGGGCUUUGAGAGUGUCGGCAAAUCGUCCGUCUAUGAUGACAGGAUAUUCGCCCUGGCGACGGUGCUGAGCUCGGUGCUCAUCUACAACCUCGCAGAGACAGUCAAGGAGGCAGACAUAGCGAAGCUGUCGUUCGCUGUGGAGCUCGCAGAGGAGUUCUACGGCAGAGUAAAGGGUCGAGACGAGGUCUUCACGCCAGCCAAGCUGCUCUGGCUCAUCCAACGAGACUUCCUAGAGGGCAAGACGGUGCAGGAGAUGGUUCGGGGAGCGCUGCAGCCGGUGCCCAACCCGGAGAAGGACAAGGACGUGGACCAAGUGAAUCUCAUCCGACAAUCUCUCAACCUCAUGGCUGCUAAUAGUACUGCCUUCGGGUUGACUCAGCCGCACCUGGCAAGAACACGUUUGUGUGAACUGUCAGACAGUGACCUAGACCCUAAAUACGUGCGGCAGCGCAACCAGCUGCGGCAGGUGGUGGCGUCGCUGGUGCAGCCCAAGAUCGUGUCGGGGAAGCCGGUCACAGGGGAGGAGUUCGCUGACUUGCUGGAGAAGACCCUGAAUGCUCUCAACAAGGGCCACAUCCCCACGGCCGGCUCAGUGGUAGACGCGUUCAACCGAGCGGUGCAGGACAAGUGCCUGGCGCUAUACCACGAGGCCAUGCGCCGCCUGCUGCCGUCGCUGCCAGCAGAGGAGGCGGCGCUGGUGGGGGCGCACCGGAACGCGAGUGGCCGGGCUAUGGAGGUGUUUGAGAGGGAGAGAUUCGGUGGGAAAAGUGCCGAGGAUGCGAUACGGCCGCUCCGGGACGAGCUGAGAGAGGCCCUGAUCAACCUGAAGAGAGAGAACGAGUUUGAGUCCGCCAAGGCGUGCGAGGGGGCACACAGGGGCUGUGAGGAGGAGCUGGACGCCCUGGCCAACAUGCGGCUGCCGUCCGUGGCCAAAUUCGAUGCUCGCCUGGACGCCUGCAACCACACAGUGGAGCAGGCGUGCAGAGGGCCCAGCAAGACGGCCUACAGCGACCGGCUCAAGAAGACGUGGACGCGGGAGCGCUCCCAGUUCCUCAAGGAGUACAAUCAGCGCCUCUUCAACUGGCUGGUCAUCGGCUCACUAGUCCUGGUCGUGAUCGGGCGCUUCGUGGUGAAGUGGGUGGUGGUGGAGGUGCUCGCCUGGGCGCUCUUUGUGUUCCUGGAGACGUACACUCGCAUCUUCUGGUCCUUUGACUCGCUCUACCUCAACCCCGCCUGGCGCAGCUUUGUGAACGUGUGGGAAGCAGUUGUCUACAACCCUUUCAUCGACCUCGAUCUGUGGUCAGUGCCUCUCCUGUGGGUGGGCCUCAUCCUCAUCAUCAUGUGUCGCUGCUACCGCUGCCGCAAGCGACCGCACACCCCGCUCCUCCCCACGCACCAUGACACCUUGCACACUCGAAGAUCUGAGUGACAGUGGUGACAGGCACACUGUCCCAUGGUGAUUCAGAAGUCACCAUGGCCCCACCCACACACCCCUCCUCCCCACGCACCAUGACACACCACACACCGGAAGAUCAGAGUGAUGGUGGUGUGGUGUCCCCUGGUGAUUCAGAAGUCACUAUCACCUCACACACACACCCCUCCUCCCCGCACAUCAUGAUACCCUCCACACCCGAAGGUCAGAUCAGAGUGAUGUCAGAUCCACUCACCAUUCUUGCUGUGGCGUCUCAUGAUAUGCACCCGGGGCUGAUUGCUAGUUGCCUUGUUACUGAGAUGUCUGAACAUUGCACCUAUUGAUUAACUUGCAUUGUUUGACUCUCAAUUGUCUUGGAUGGCACUUUAACUACUCUCUAGGGUAGGGAGCUGGGCUUCCAUACCAUUCCCUUCUUUGUGACUGAUCUACACCUGAAUUCCAGU